UGUAUAUAUUCAUCAUAGUUAUAGUACUCGUUGGUACCGCCGUACGGUUGCUGCUGCUGGUGCUACCCGUCAGUGUCUGCAACUCCGAAGCGGCGGCAGCGUUUGGUUUUUUUCUCUCCUUGUGUGCUGCCGUACUCGAACAUUUAAAUACGCUUAUAGUGUCCCGUCGUGCAGGCAUCGGUGGCAUGUCCCGUUUUAUACACGCAUAGGCGUAUACUGUAUGUACAUAUUAUACGUAUGAAAACUAGGUGUACACAUAUACAUACAUAUAUACUUGUAUUAUAUAUAUAUACACAAGCGUAAAGGUUCUACGAAAACGGUGGCCUUUGAGCGAGGCGAAGCUCCAGAGACGGAAAGAGAGGCUCAUCAUCAGCGAAUAAUACAGCCGCGCCUGCGGUACAGCACGACGGUUUAUCGCGCGGAUGUACACACACAAUAAUAAUAAUAAUGGAUACGGUGCUGAAGUGCUGCUAAGCGAAGCCGGCAGAUUGUCUUUCGCGGGAGGGAAAAGAAGGAGUAUCGAGUGUCGAGCGGGGGGUGUGCUGUUGAGUAGAUGGACUCGGUUCGUGAGUGCCCCCGUAGUCAGUCAGUCAGUCAGUCAGUCGGUAAAGUGAAGCAUCGAGUGCAAAGCACGAGAAGCGCAAGAACAGUCGAAUUAUAAGAGGAAGGGAGGUAUUUGGUAGUACAGCAGCUCCGAAAAGCUCGGUGCUCCCCCGCGUUUCUUCUCACCAUAGUUCCCUGCAGCUUCGGCCCCAGCGCUGGUGGUUGGUUGGUGGUAGUGGUGGCAUAGUAGUGGUGGUGGUGGCGGUAGUAGUAAAAGUCAGUAGCUGCUCGGCGGCGACGGCAUGGCCAGCCCGGCUACUUGCACGCGCUUUAGCGACAACUACGAUCUCAAGGAGGAGCUCGGCAAUGAACGGGCCGGAGGUUUUGCGGGAACGCCUGGUUACCUGAGCCCUGAAGUUUUGAAAAAGGAACCUUACGGGAAACCCGUUGAUAUAUGGGCCUGUGGAGUUAUUUUGUACAUCUUGUUAGUUGGAUAUCCACCAUUCUGGGAUGAGGAUCAGCACCGGUUAUAUGCACAAAUAAAAUCUGGCUCUUAUGACUACCCGACACCAGAAUGGGAUACAGUCACGCCAGAGGCGAAAAAUUUGAUCAAUCAGAUGCUGACAGUAAACCCCAGCAAGAGAAUCACUGCUAGUGAAGCUUUAAAACACCCAUGGAUCUGCCAACGAGAACGAGUUGCUUCCGUGGUUCACAGACAAGAGACUGUCGACUGCUUGAAGAAAUUCAAUGCCAGGCGCAAAUUGAAGCAAUGA